AUGGGAUCGGACAGAGCAGAGCUUGAACCUGCAGCCUUCUGCUUGCUGAUCAUGCUCCUCUACCACCUGAGCCACCACCACCCCUGUUGCAGGCUGAUGGUAGGCGUGAAGCCCAGUCUUCUGAGGAGCGUGGACAGGGAGACCCUGGCCAAGAUGGCUCGGCGAAUGAACGCCACCUCUGAGAUGUGUGUUGAGCAUGAGGAGAAGUUGAGGUUAUUCUGCCUGACGGACCAGAAGCUCAUCUGCCUCGUCUGCAGAGAGGGUGAAGAGCACCAGGGCCACACCUUUAGACCCAUAAAGGAGGCAGCGCAAGCAUACAUGGAGGAAGUGAGGCAGGUGUGUGAGUUUGUCUCCAAGGAUAACAGUGACCUGGAGUUCAUGCUCAAACUCCAGACAGCAGAGGGCGCCAAAACAAAGGAGAGGUCUAGUGCUCUGUUGGAUCAAAUCUCUGACCAGUUCAAGCCAAUGCACCAGUUUCUGCGUGAGAAGGAGGCAGAGUUGCAGAGGAUGGCACGAGACGAGGAGAAGCUGGCGACAGAGUGUAUCGAGAGGAGCGCGGCGGCGAUACAGAGGCAGCUGCUGGAGGGGAGACAACAGCAGGACAACCUGAAGAGGGCACUGGAGAUCCAGCAGUCAGACCAAUUAUUACAGUGGUGGGUUGAAAGUGGCCGUUCUCUGAUGGAGGAGCUGAAGUCAGACAGCACUGCUCAUACUCAGAAUGCUCAGGCAGCAGGGUACAGGUCAAAGGUGAGAGGUCUGAGUGUGAGCCAGCCGUGUGUUGACCUGGGCCCGUACGAGUCUCAUCUGGCUUUUUUCGUCUGGAAGCAGAUGCUGCAGGUGGUCACGCCAGCGGCCGAGCGUGUGACGGUGAGGGACCCUGGUGACGAGCGUGUCCGUGUGUCCCUCGGUGGCUCCAGCGUACGCCAGACAGACCGCCGUGACGCUGUGCUGCGAGACUACAACCCUGUACUGGUGGCUCAAGAGGCUUUCCCCUCCGGACAACAUUACUGGGAGGUGGAGGUGGGGGAGAAGCCAGACUGGGGGCUUGGAGUGGCCGUCACAGACCCCCAAUCUCCCCACACCAGCCAGGGUAUAAUGCUCUUCCUCAGCCACCAGAGGGGGGGCUACUGCAUUCGUGAGUUUGGCAACCUGACGCCUCUGCAGGUGCGCGGUAAGCCCAGGAGGGUGGGGGUCUUCCUGAACUGCGACCGGAGGAAGGUGUGCUUCUAUGACGCCACCAGCAUGGCUCUGCUCUACAGCUCCAUCAGGCCGUUCGAGAGAGUGCUCUAUGCGUGUCUGUGCCCAGGACUGUACCUGGACGGGCGCAACAGCGCCCCCUUAAACAUCUGCUGGUAAUGCAAACGGCUCAAACACCCUCAGGUGGACUAAUGACUCAAUAGCGCCUCCCCUCACCAUCUGCGCGUGGGUGGUUGAUGU